GCCAGUCACUUGUAUCUUGUUCGAUACUUGUCUACGUACAUUGGAGAAAUAAACAUGAUUCAUUUGCUGUUCUUAAUCAGUUUGGCAGAAGGUCUAUCUGCUGAUCCUUAUAGUUUCGGUUUCUCGAAAUUUCUACCACCUUUUGGCAUCCCCGCAGUAGAACCUGAAGUUGAGAAGGAGAUUGAAAUAAAGGAGAUUGCCAGAAAACUUGCCAUGGACAAGAGCUGGCCCUUCAUUGAGAAAGAAAUAACUUUCGAUAAAGGAGUCGAUUUUGGUAUCGGACUAGGAAAAGAAUUGGAAUUCGAAAAAGAGUUCGACUUGAGCAAGAUUGCAGGGUUUGAAAAGUCUCUCUCCGUCGAAAAAGCCUUCCCCUGGUCACUGUACGAGAAAUAUUUUGGCCUGGGUAAGAAGCUGACCUUUGAACAAGCUCUCUUUUUGGAGCUUUACAAGCGGUAUGGAUAUUAUGGUCUUUGGGUGGCUUAUGAGCUGCGAAGGAGAUUCCUCAUUGCCAAGGAGCUUGGGCUCAUAGGCAAAGAAAUAGAGUUUCAAGAAGCCAUCACACUGGGCCUUUUCAAAGGAAUUGGUCUGGAGAAGGUUUUUGAAGCAGUUAACAAGGCUAUUGGAGCUGAGAAGACAUCAAUAGAGUUUGAAAAGAGUUUCGGAAUAUUUAAGAAAUUUUAGCACCAAUUCAUAUGUAAUAGGCUCCUUAUAAAUUUAUUUAUAUAGGGAUGAUCUAUCAUACGGACUGAUGAAAAAUGGCUGAAAUUGAUUUAGAAAAGGAAUUUGUACAGCAGAUUUCCC